CCUCGAUUUUUUUUUUUUUUGGCGGGAAUUAGUAGUGUUGUUUACUUUUAUGCUGGCAUUCAGUCAGCUGUGUGGUGAGGUGCAACCUGUUAAUAAUGAAGGACGUCAGUGGAACUGAUUAUUCAACAACAUCUGUAUCGAAAGGUUGCUUUGUGUUUAAGAAGAAACAGGGGAAGAGAAGGAAACGAUUGAAGACUGCUUCAACAGAUGAAUAUCUUUACGCUGAUCUGUGGUAUGUGUCGUAUAAGGAGAUGUGGAAGAAGAUUGAAAAUAAUUUGAAGGAACUAAGAGACAAGAGCUUCAAGAAAGUGCUAGAAGAUGUAAUAAAUUAUGCAUCAAACUGCUAUAAUGGGCCAGAAGUAAAAUUUCAAGAAAAUGUUGUUCCUAUUGCUGGAUUACUAACUGGUAUCAAUGUACCGGACCAUACGGCUCUGUUUGAUUCUUUAAAAGUUCAGCUCAAUAAACAAGUUACACCUCACAUAGCUGUCUUACGUUCGUGGGAAUGUAGAAAUGUGCGAGUAACUGUGGAAAGAAUGGUUUCUCAGUUCCUGUGUUCGAAGGAUUAUGAAGAGAAUGAGGAUGAUAAUGAUCAGCUGACUGAUGAAGAUAGUGAUAAUGAAAAAUCACACUCACCUAAGAAAGUUAAGAAGGCACUGUGUAACUUUCCUGUGCUUGUUGAGUGGUACAGAACUGUGAAAGAAGAAAAUUACUUUUCUGUCAGAUCUCCAGAAAAGAGGAACAAGAGCAAGAGAGAUAACAAUGAGUACACUAAACCUUUGGUUGUUAUAAUUCCAAACUUUGAGAAUUUCAGUCAGCGUGUGUUGAAAGACUUUAUACUUAUUUCUAGUGCUUAUGUACCACAGUUGCCAAUCGUAAUCAUAGUUGGUGUGGCAACUUCGUCCCUGGCUAUCAGCCGUAGCCUGCCGUACAAUGUUUCAUCCAGAGUUCGAAUACAGUUGUUUCAGAUAACCUCAUCAACAGCCACAGUGAACAAUGUAAUUGAAAAUGUGCUGUUUUCUGAAGACAUAUUGUUCCGUUUGGGAAGUAAAGCAUUCAGAUUCCUUAUGGACAUAUUUCUCUUUCACGACUUUUCCGUACAAGGAUUUAUACAGGCAUACAAGAUUUGUAUGAUGGACCAUUAUGCUGACCGGGACUGGUUUUCAUUGUGUUGUUCACAUAAAGAACUGGAUUCCCGUGUGUCUGGUUUAGUUGCAGAGGAUCUCGAGUAUCUCAGGCGUCUGCCGUCUUUGCGUGCAUAUGUCGAAUCUCUUCCCACAAAGCAAAGGGCUCCUAUUCUUUUGGAUGAUACCUGCUUCCGAGAUCUGUUAAAGAAUCUGAUUGAAAAUCUUCGAUGCCAUUUGAUGACUUUUCAUAUAGCUUUACGUUGUCUGCACUGCUUCACAUCAUCACUUCCAACGUCUCCCCUUGGAAAAACAAUUCGUGAGCUGUACUCACUGUCGGUGUCACAACCAGUUACUGAGUCAGCUGGUUUUAGACAGUCUGUCCAGCUGCUCCGUGUGCAAUCGCAGCAGGAAUUGUCGACUCUUGUAGCCUCUGCCCUUGAGUGUCUGUCUUGUCAGAAGUCCCAGACAAAUCACUGGAGCUCGAAGCUGGAACUGUUGUACAGUACGCUAGAGCGUGCUGCCGCAGACCUCCAGCGGGUUGCAGAUUUUGAAAGUCCGAGGAAGAAACGGAAUCCAGGAGAAAUGGAGAGCCCGACAAAGCGAAGGCCUCCUCUGGUGAUGAACAAUUUUACAACUCCCACGAAGACCAGAAGUUUAUCCAAGUCCCCAAUGAGCACUCCAGUGAGGAAGUGUGGUUUGAACAGUCCUGCGAGAAGAACUCCACUGAGAAGUCCAAAGUACGGUAGCUCUGCUAAGAGAGAUGUCUGCAGUGGAUCAGCUAAAAGAGCUAAUCUUUUUGAAUCCCCUGAGACUAGUCCUACAAAGAGAGUGGUGAAUAUGCUAGAAGGGAAUUUGAGUAGAAGUGAACUAAAAAAGCGGCUUUUAGAACUGAAAGAGCAGCAGUCUAAUGAUGAUGAGGAUGCGAUGUCAAAAUUUGAAGCAAUUCGACAAAAACUCCUGGUGUACCUGACAGAAGAUGCUUUCCCGGCACUCUUACAACCCCCGACCUCAUUGCCAUUAGCAGAAGUAAUCUUCUUCGAUGAUGUGGCGCGUGUUAAGUCACGCAUCGUGGGGGCACCUCGUGGGGCAAUUCAUUCAGCUCUUAGCAACCCGUCAGUCUAUCUGGAGUGUGACUGCUGUAAGAUUUCGGAGCCAGGAACUAUUCUGCCAUCUAUGGUUGACCUUUGCAUCGCAUUUAAGCUACACUUGGAAAGUGGGCGUUUCAUUUCACUUGCUGAUUGGCUUCAGGCUUUUGCAGCUGUAGCAAAUCCUGCAGAAGAUUGUGAUGAUGGCGAUGAAGACAGCCCUAACUCAAAUAUUGAUCCUCAUAUACAAGCCCGAUUUACUCAAGCAGUAAAUGAACUUCAGUUACUUGGAUUUAUACGAACCACCAAAAGGAAAAUGGACCAUGUUGCAAGACUGACGUGGGGUAGCUGCUAAGAGCAUUGCUCCGUAAUCAACAGUUGACUUUCACGCAUCUGCACACACUGAGAGACAGUAUGAUGUUUGUUUUCUGUAACAGUGAAAAUAGAGGUUAAUAGGGAUGUAGUAUCUGUGUUGCAA